AAAGUAAGAACUCUCAAACGAUCUUUCUUUUCUCUGAAUCAGUCUCCAAUGAUUCUCUAUUUAAGAAAAAUCUGAAUCGUCUGCAUCCGUUAUUUCCUCAUCUAAAAACAAAUUCAAUUAUCUACUUGGGAGUGUACGCGUGUGAUUUCAUUAUUUCAUGUAAAUAGAUAUAGUAUUCCAAGUGAUUUUAAAAGAAUUCCAGGUUUUUCUCCUAUAACCAUUAUUUCUAAAAAAAUCACAACGAGUUCCAAAUUGGAACAGUUGUAUAAUGCAAGAGAAAAUUAUGUUAAAGAAUUGGAGGGUGCAUUUCAUAAAAUCAUGAACAAUAAUAUGAGUGCGCAGCAAAGCCCGGCUCAAACAAGUAUGCAAGCGGCAGUCGAUAGAGAAAAAGUGUACACCUGGAUUUUAGAACUAUGUAACCCCGAAAGUCGAGAAAAUGCUCUAUUAGAGCUAAGUAAGAAACGGGAGGUCGUACAGGAUUUAGCUCCUAUGUUGUGGCAUAGUUUUGGAACUAUUGCUGCAUUAUUACAAGAAAUCACCAAUAUUUAUGUUGCUAUGAUACCUCCUACCCUUACCGCCCAUCAAAGCAAUCGUGUAUGUAACGCUUUAGCUCUCAUGCAAUGUGUAGCUUCUCACCCCGAAACCAGGUCUGCUUUUUUGCAAGCGCACGUACCGCUGUUCCUGUACCCUUUUCUUCACACUGUAUCCAAAACUCGCCCUUUUGAAUAUCUCCGCUUGACCAGUCUAGGUGUCAUAGGUGCCUUAGUAAAGACCGAUGAACAAGAAGUUAUAACAUUUCUGUUGACAACAGAAAUCAUUCCACUCUGUCUCCGCAUCAUGGAAAAUGGCUCAGAACUAUCUAAAACUGUGGCCACAUUUAUACUACAGAAAAUCUUGUUAGAUGACAGCGGCCUAUGCUAUAUAUGCCAAACAUAUGAUAGAUUCUCCCAUGUAGCGAUGAUACUUGGUAAAAUGGUGCUGUCUUUAGCAAAGGAGCCAUCAGCACGUCUGCUGAAACAUGUUGUCCGCUGUUAUCUACGUUUGUCUGACAACCCUCGAGCCAGGGAGGCUCUGAGACAAUGUCUUCCAGAUCAGCUCCGUGAUGCAACAUUCACAACUUGUCUUCAAGAGGAUAAUUCCACUAAGCAUUGGUUGGCACAGCUGAUAAAAAAUUUGGAAGUACCUCCACAGCCUACAAGCCCUGCGCAGCCAAACAUGUACAAAACCAGAUGAACCACUAAUUUUGUACGCAGGUGUAGUGGAAUGGAUUAGAAAUACACUUUUACAACUUUUU